ACAAGAAGAAACGACAGCCGCCCUCGAAUCUAUGAGGAGACUCCUGCGACUUCAUCCCAGCAGCUGCGUAGUUGACCAAAAUCCCCAAGUGCUCGUUUCUCUCCUAACGUCCCGUCAUAUAAAACUUAUCUUUCGCCCAUAGCUGCUGGCGGCUAGACACAAUCGUCGAAGGCCGAUUAGAAUAACUGAAAAAAAAAACAAGAAAGAAGCGAAGAAGAACGAAUCUUAUACGAGCCUUCUCAUUUUAUCAUUAUUAUUUAUCAUUUUUAUCAUUGCUUUUAGCAUUAUCCACUCAUUAAAAGAACUUCACUCAUCUCGCUAGCAAAGCAAAGCAGAGAUCGUAGCCAUUCUCAAAUUAUACAAGAAUUUGAACUUGUCUUCUAGAAGAAAAUCAGGGCCGUCAGGUUAUAAAAACAAUUACAACCCACAAGAUCAUCAUCACCAGACUGCCUGAAUUCACCACAUUUCAUUACCUCGAGCCGUCUUCUCACCCAACCCUAUCAAGCUACCUACCACGACAACGUCAACCACCCACUCGCCUCUCACACCUCCCCCCCCACCAAUGGAGAACCAGACGCACAGCCAACCUCCCCCCGCCCUCGGGCACCGCCGCGCAGCCCAAAACGCCGCCUUCCGGGAAAAACUGCGGCAGAUGGCGCUCCCCCUCGCGCCGCUAGUCCAGCUGACCACCGGCGAGAUCCACCAGUCGUUCCCGCUGACGCUCCUCAACUUCUGGCUGCUGACGGACGCCGAGCUCGAAGAGCUGGCGCACUUCUACCACCAGCGGACCCCCUGCCAGUGGACCUUCCACUACCCGUGCCCCAUCGUCUGGGCCUCGGACGUGACGCUGGAGGAGAAGCGGCGCCGCAUCGGCCGCUUCAUCGGGCUGCGCGGGUGCGAGACGCCCACGGCGGCAGCGGCGAACAACGGCCCCGCCGCCCCGGCUAGGAGCCUGAGCGAGGAGGAGAUCCUCGACCAGGCCCGCCAGGCUAGGUUGUUUUCGGACGAGGAGGAGGCGUGGAGGAGGAAGUUUGGCUGGUAUAAUUGAUUGGCUGCUUGGGCGGUGGUUAGUUAGGGACAACGCUAGGGGGAGAGAAAAUGGGGAGAGAGAACAGAGAGAUACACGCAUAAUA